CCGGCUAGGUUAAAAAAUAAAUCAAGAGAAAGUACAUGUUCAAACUCUCCUAAUUUCGCCGAAACGUACAAAAACUACAAACACUCCCAGCAUGCAUAUAGUUCAAUUUUUGUAUUCCCAGGAUACUUUGCGAAUCAAAUAUGGUGGCUUGCAUUACAACGUUCAUGUAACAUACUGUAAAAUAUAUUGUUUAAGUCUAAAUUUCUUGCGUAAUUGUCUUAAAUGUAAGUGCAGCACAAUGCCUAAAUUCUACGAGGACAAAGAGGAGGACGGCAGGGCAUGCUCAGGAAUCAGGGAGGACUUCAAGGCAUGUCUCCUUCAACACGACUGCGUUGUAAAGGAGGGGAAGAUGCCCAGUCAGUGUCUGAAGGAGGGCCACUGUAAAGCACUGCAGACCUCUUUCUUCGAGUGCAAGAGAUCCAUGUUAGAUAACCGGUCCAGAUUCAGGGGAAGGAAAGGCUACUGAUGGACCAAAGUUGAACACCUCUGCAACACUCACAGCACUGAAAGGAUUAAUUGUGAAUAGUAGCAAAACUAACUUAAAGGGUUCCAAAUGGGGGUUGUAUUUUAUUAUGCUAACUUCACUUGAUUUGAGGUGGUUCUGUAGAGAAAAUAUAUGCUCUGCAAAUAGGUAUGUUGGACUUAUUACCAUCCUGAAGUGAUGAGUGAGUCUGUGAAUAGGCCUACCACAAUUCAAACCAUAGACACUUGUAAGUGUGUGGAAGAAUGCUGGGCUGCUCUUCUGUUUCCAUGUUCUGAAAUGAGCGAACUUCAAGGAACUCUAAAGCAGGACUUUCAGCUCUCCCCUUGGCUGUUCUGAUGAUUGACAGACUGCUAAAUUGGGCCUCUGUUUUGAACAACUGUAAUAAAUGUGUCAUUGAACAGA